AUGGCUUUUUUACAAUCGAAACUGUCCGACAUCUAUGGACUAGUUCAGUUUUUAUUCCAACGAAGAGUGAAUGAACUCGCUGACAGGGAAAGGUUUGCAAUAGUCCUCGUGAUAGCACCAAACGUGGCGUGGCUAAACCAACAUGGUUGGCCUGCGUAUUAUACGGUAAUGGAUUUAUUUGCCACAUAUGGUCUUUGCCCGAACCAACGCAGGGACAACAAUUCCCGUUGUCUAUUCUACUUUCGAGGAGUAUAUGAAUUAUUCAAAGUUCGUGAUGCGAUCAGAAAUAACAUGUUGGCACCGACGGCUUUUGGUGUACCGCUCUCUUGUCGUACGAAUUGUAACCCAACCGUUCAAAUGGAACCUAUCGGAGAAGCAUGGAUUCUAUCAAAAAUCUCAACCUACGAUGCAGGACGGGACGACCAUUUCUUUAUGAUCUGA